CGGUUCAAAAUGCAGGCUCAACAAAUUAUUGGAACUAUUUUUAUAGCCUUCUUUUUUUGUGGAAGUCUACAGGUGGAAGGAAGUAUUACCAAGUUGCCCAGGCUGCCGGAAAACAUACAAGAUUUAAAAUGUGAGGCCGAUGACAUUGGAUUCGCAUUUAACCUGACAGAGCUGGCUGGCUACUGGUACGAGGCUAUGCGAAUUCCCAAUGUUCAGGUGACUGAGUGUCUGAAUGUCUCUGUUCCUGCUGAAAUCUCUAACAGCAAUCUCAACCUGGACGUGACCUACGGGCUUAACAAUAGUUGGAACCUUACCAAGGAAGUCGUAAGCUUUCCUUGGACUAACUCCACCCAGCAUGGAAUCUUCGAACUGGCAACAGGCAGUAUAUCCUAUAAGCUGAUAACCACAGAUUACGUUUCCAUCGCCGUACUCUGUGGCUACGGUAGCUCUUCUGCCAUCCCGAUCUUCAAGCUCUUCACCCGAGAUCGCGAGGUUAGCCAGGAGAUCUACGAACUGAUCAACACCCAAGCCGAGCAAUCUGGCUAUGAAUCCCUGAUCAACUGGGAAAAGCAAUCGCUUGCAGAGUGCGGUGGAUCCAGUGGUCAAGCACCUUUGGGAGCCCUAAUGGGUUUCAUCACUUUUUUCUGUGGUUUGUCAGUUUGGGCAAGCUACUAGAAGUGUUUUUUCAUCAGUGAAAAACUAUAAAUAAUUAUAUAAAAAUUUAUUAAGUA